AUGGCGGUGUCUGAGAAGCCAAUUUCCCAAGAUGGAGAUAAUCCAUUAAAGAGCCGAGCAGAGAUGGACGAGGUGCGUCUCGAGGCAGCACUGGGCCACAAGCCAGAACUCGUCCGAAAUUUCAGCUUGUGGAGUAUAACCAGUUUGGGCAUUGUAAUUGCCAAUUCGUGGGCCUCAACCGGUGGAACCAUCGUCGCCGCCCUCCAAAACGGAGGCCCGAUGGCUGUUCUAUAUGCACUCAUCCUGGUCAGCGUGUUCUACACAGCCAUAUCAGCAUCACUAGCAGAGCUGGCUUCGUCCAUGCCCUCGGCCGGUGGCGUAUAUUAUUGGUCGUCAGUACUGAGCCGCAACCGAGGCCGCGCAACCGGCUUCUUCACGGGAUAUCUUAAUGCCUGCGCCUGGCUCCUGUCUGCCUCGUCGAUGAGCUCGAUGCUGGGCAACGAGGCUGUGGCUAUGUACCUCCUUCGGCAUUCCCAUGUGCGUUGGAAUUCUUGGCAGGUGUUUGUUGUCUUCCAGAUUGUCAACUGGUCCUGCUGCGCCAUUGUCUGUCUGGGAAAUCGGUUUAUUCCACUGAUCAACCGCCUCGCCCUAACUCUGUCCAUGUGUGGCCUCGUCACGACUGUGGUGGUUCUGGCAGUGAUGCCAAAGCAACAUGCGAGUAAUGCGCAGGUGUGGACGGAAUACCACAACAACACCGGCGGCUGGUCUGACGGGGUGUGCUUCAUGACGGGGCUGCUGAAUGCAGCGUUUGCCGUGGGAGUUCCAGACUGUAUCAGCCAUCUAUCAGAAGAAGUCCCCAAACCCGAGGUCAAAGUCCCCCAGGGCAUCAUGCUGCAGAUGCUGACGGCCUUCACGACCUCCUUCGUCUACCUAAUCGCUCUCUUCUACUCCAUCCAAGACCUCGACGCCGUGCUCGGCAGUAGCAUCGGUUUUUUCCCAACAGCCGAAAUAUACCGCCAAGCAACCGGCUCCAACACCGGCGCCAUCGGGCUGAUCGCCGUCCUCUUCCUAGCCACCUUCCCAACCCUAAUCGGCACCUUCGUGACCGGCGGCCGCAUGUGGUGGAGCCUCGCCCGCGACAACGCCAUGCCAUUUGCGAGCUAUUUCGCACAGGUCCACCCGACCCUGAACUGUCCCGUGCGCGCCACCGUCGCCAUGAGCGCGCUGGUCACCUGUCUGGGCUGCAUCUACGUCGGCAGCACCACUGCGUUUCAGGCGCUGAUCUCGUCGUUCAUUGUUCUCAGCUCGCUGUCGUAUUUUGGGGCGAUUUUCCCCCACGUCUUGUCCGCCCGCCGCAAUAUGGUUCCCGGGCCGUUUUAUAUGGGCCAGAAGCUGGGCCUGGUUGUGAAUAUCGUCGCUUUGGCGUAUAUUCUUGUGACGGUGGUUUUCUUUUGCUUCCCGCUUGUUCUGCCUGUUACUGUGCAGAAUAUGAAUUAUACCAGUGUUAUCACUGUCGGUUUGAUGUCUCUCACUGCGUUGUGGUGGAUCUUCCGUGCCAGACGCGAGUAUCGUGGCCCGCAGUACAGUUUCGAGACUGCGGAGCGCUUGACGGCUUUACAGGCGGGGAAGGAGGGCCGUCGGUCUUUUAUUGAUAUCGUGGGUGAGUCGACUGCGGCUGGUGUCGAAGCCCAUGGCCAUGUGAAAUGA